AUGACCAAAACCGCCAAAGACAAGAAAGGCGCCGCGUCCAACAAAAACAAAUUCAAGGCAGAUGACAAGGUCUAUGCUAUGGACAGCGGUGAUCUGUACGAAGCCAAGGUUAUCAAGUUCAAGCCGUCCGGAGAGCAGUUCACGUACUUCUUGCACUACAUGGGGUGGAACAGCCGAUGGGACAAGUGGGUUGUCGAGUCGGACCUCAUGGCGGCGGGGCCUGAGGCUUUGGAAAUGCAGCAACAGCUCAAGGACAAGAAGAAGAAGGCGAAGGUGAACGCGGCCAAGCGCAAGGAAGACCAGAAGGUCAAGGAGCAGAUCAAGAAGGAAGACCAAAAGAUCAAGAAGGCUCGCGUAGAUGUCAAGAAGGAUACGGAAGACGACAGCGGGGUGACGGAGGUUAAGGUGGCGAUGCCCUUCACGCUCAAGAAGCAGCUCGUCACCGACUGGGAGCACGUCACCCAGGAGCCGCGGCGUCUGGUCAAGCUGCCGCGCGAGCUGACCGCCGCAAACGUGAUGGCACAGUACAUGGAGAGCAAAGCCAACCGAGGGACGCCGCAGCAGACUGCUCGCGCCCAGGAGCUCAUGGACGGCGUGCGGAUCUACUUCGAUAAGGCCCUGCCUUUGAUCUUGCUCUACCGGCAAGAGAGGACGCAGUACGACAUCACGGUGCAGAAACUCCCCGGCAAGAGUCCGAGCGAGAUUUACGGGGCAGAGCAUCUCCUGAGAGUCUUUGUGCGGUUGCCACAGCUGCUCGCACAGUCUGCUCUCACGCCGCCGGAGGUGACCCAGGUGCAGAAGUUGCUCGCGGACUUCCUUCGGUUCAUGCAGAAGAACCACGCCGCCUUUUUCGUGCAGGAGUACGAGGACGAGGAACCGGAAGAACCGCAAACCGCAUAGCCACCACCGUUCCACGCGGCACUACGCCCAUCUUCACCCGCUAGUCGAGCUCGGCCGGACGAGGCUAGGUCGUGGAGCCCUCGCGCAGACCGGCUCAAGCUUGACAGGAUCGCCAUUUCUCCAUAACAAGACCAACCCCUUGGUGGUAUCGCGGGUUGACCGGUCUGCCGAGAGUGAAAGGUUGGGGCUGGAUUGCUCCUCUGGUAAACGGGUUGCGACAUGCGUCCACAAGCGAUUCUUCGGUGUUCUUCGUAUAUACAUAAAUUUUGGUGUGUUGGAGACUGAACGUAGAGCGGGUGGUUCAAUGUCUCUGGAUUGUGCCGACGGUAAUGAGUUCUUCGGUUGAAGCAGUCACUGUGUUGUUUGACGCGCUUGCACCUUGUUGUAUGCGUGUCAGGAUGCCGAGCGGCCGUCGUCGUUCGUGCAAUGAUGGUCUGGCAUUGGAUCCUGGGCACUACCUAUUGAAUUCGUAUGAGAUUGCAAGCUCCGCAACUGGCCCCGAAUGUGUUUCUACUGUUUUUUUUUUUGUCGUUUUGUCAUCAAAUAUUUUAGUUCGGUUGGUGUGCGAGUGGUUCGCACGGUGUCCUGAGUUUAUGUUCGACUGGAGAGCUGUUUCCUGUGCAUGGGGAAAGGGGGCGAAGUCAUGUUUUCCGAGGGCUGCUGAUUUCAUUUUGGACUAUCAGCAUGCUGACUUCUGCUGCGCCAGUGACCUCCGUGUCACAGCUGCAUCUGGAUAUCCAUGUUAAAAAAAUGUCGAUUCUCUACUACUCUAUGUGGUAUGUUGUGAACGGGUUAUCUU